UAGAAAACUUGCAAAUGCGUACUGACGCCCCUAGAUAACACAUCUCUCUCGCGCUCCGGGGAAACGACAUCAUAAAGAAACAACAACGCCAUAAAUCGCAAGAUAACAAAACACAUCUAGGUCAUUUAAAUAAGAAUAGUUUGGUGUUUAUGUUGCGAUGAGUCGUUCGGAGAGCUCGACGCCACACGGCAGGAGAGUGUAGGAUGGGAACGCGUCUGCUUCGCAUAAACAAGGAUAUACGCGGAAUACUGAGAACAAUUAUGAUGAAGAAAGAUAUGAGUUUGAACCUGGACGACCAGAACAGCUCCAGCCUGAAGCCAGAUCUGAGGGAUGCUGAGGGAAUACUCAACUCCCCGGAUCUGGGGCUCCUCAAGCUGGCUUCCCCAGAGCUGGAACGGCUGAUUAUUCAGUCCAACGGGAUGGUCACCACCACACCGACCUCCCAGUUCAUCUACCCGAAAUCGGUAAGCGACGAACAGGAGUUCGCUGAGGGUUUCGUCAAAGCGCUGGAGGAUCUCCACAAGCAGAACCAGCUGAACGGCGGACCGUGCGUUCCCCCGACGCUCAACAGACUCGCCAGCAGCAGCACCAGCCUCGCCUUAAACGCGGAUCUCCCUGUAUACACGAACUUGAGCACGUACGGGAGCACCACGGUGAACUAUUCCACGGACACCAUCCCGUUUCCGCCGCCGCCGCCCGCGCACCCGAUGUCCGCGCAGCCGCAGCCGCUGAAAGACGAGCCGCAGACGGUACCAGACAUGCAGAGCUUCGGCGACAGCCCGCCGCUCUCCCCUAUCGACAUGGACACGCAGGAGCGCAUCAAAGCCGAGAGGAAGAAGCUCCGGAACCGCAUCGCCGCCUCCAAAUGCCGCAAGCGGAAACUGGAGCGGAUUUCCCGCCUGGAGGACAAAGUGAAGUCCCUCAAGAGCCAGAACACGGAGCUCGCGUCCACCGCCAGCGUGCUGAGGGAGCAGGUGGCGCAGCUGAAGCAGAGAGUCAUGAACCACGUCAAUAACGGCUGCCAGCUGCUGCCCAACCAAGUGCAGGCGUACUAACAUUCACCAGAACUCCUUUAUCUGUCAGUGUUUGGGUGGUUGACAAACAUUAAGCCUUGGGGUUUGGAUACAUUCACAUUUCCACUGCGCACGAGGAGUUAAAGGUCCCCGUGAAGUGCUUAGAAAUGUGCGUUUUUAUUCGACGUUUGACAACCGAAACAUGAAGAGAGGGCGGGACAUACAAUAGCUCCUCCCCUUUAUAAAAAGCAGCCAAUAGCGUUUUGUUUUCAUCACAGAUCUGCCAAGCGCAUCAAAUGUGAAGCGUCUUGAAGGGGGCGGGGCUUGUCAGGUACUAGAGAGUAUUUGAUUGGUCGGAAGAUUUGUUGUGAAACUGAAGUAUGAGGUGACGUGAAUAAAACCGUUGAUCCAUUUAGGCGGCAAACUGCAAGCUUUACAUGUUAAUAUUCGGUUUUAUAUCUCUUUAACGCGAAUUUUGGUGCCCUCUGGCUUAUAGAUAUCAUAAAAACGAAUUAUACUGAUACUAACAUCUAAAAAAAACUGUAUUUUAGCUUCAUGGGACUUUUAAGCUAGUACAUUUUUUUACAAGAAAGCACAGCUUCGAGUACCUGCUGGCUUUGAUUGAAAAGUCGUUUUUCAGCAGCUAAACUAAAAUCCAAUUCCGCUGCUAAAAGUAGUCCCUGCCUUGAUAAAUCAUUGCUAUGCAGUGAUGCAGCGCAGUCUUAGCGGUGUCGUAUUUUAGAUUCAAGCAGGACUGAUAAAGCAGGACUGAACUUUUAUAUCUCAGUUUGAUUAAGCAAGCAGCACUCCAUCAGCUGCCUGUGUGCUUGACAGCUGUCAGCCUGUGCGUUGCGCAGUAAUGCUCCCUCCUGUUUCGGUUUCCUUCAGGGAACUACUUUCACUUGUGCUUUUGUUGUGAAAAUGAUCAAAUAUUUGAAUUAAAAAUAGUUAUAAGCGCCGUCAUUCCAUAUUCAACCAAACUAGCCAUACUAAAGCGGACCCAUUUCGCAAAGUAGUGGUGUAAUAUUUUAGCACCAGUUAAAGGGAUCGUUCCCCCUAAAAAAAAAAAACACUACUUACUCACGCUCAAGUGGUUAAUUUUAUUAAUUUUUUCUUUUGUUGAAGUUUGUUACUCAGAAGAAUGCUGAAAAAAGCAACCAUUGACAUCCAUAGUAGGAACAAAAAAACAAUGGAAGUCAAUGGCUGAUUUCUCCAACAUUUUUCAGUAUAAUUUCCUUUGUUUUUAACACAAGAAAGAAACUCUAAAAGGUUUGGAACGAGUGACUUUUGAGUAAAUGAUGCCUAUAAUCUGAGGGAACAUGCAAUUCUAAGGUUUUUCAUAAACAUUAAGGGAAAGUCCACUCUUUGUAUGAGUCUGCUUUCAGUCUGUGUAUGGUUUUGGUUUCUUUUUGAAUAUUUCCAUUGGUGCUGCUUUGAAUUAAUGUUUAAUAAAUCAUUAUUAUAUUAAUUGCUGUAAUUUAAAUAGAACUUUCUGUCCUCGACUUUACUAAAUGUUGCUAUGCAACCAAACUAAAGGUUUUUUGUAUAUUGUUUUUUUUAGCACUACAUGAACUCUGCGAUGACCAAUUAGUUUUAAAUCUCUAAAUAUACACUGCAGUUCUGUUACACUAAUUUGAUCACAGAAGCAGGUGACAGUAUUUGUAAGCACUGAAUUGACUAAAUCUCUCACUCGCACUGUAUCACUAUGUUGUUGACAGCUCUCCGCUGAUCCGGAUGACUUCUUCUGGAGCUGUUUUCUUUGGCACAGCAGCAACAAGCUACAUUCCUGGCUAUACAGUGUCAGUUAUUCAAUAUGAAGCGCUGUAUUAAGAGAAUAUCAUGUUGCAUAUCAUGUUGCAUACAAGUGCAGAACUGAUGAAGUGUGUCGAGUCAAGAACUGAUUUAUCUAAACUGUAAAAGAAGUUGACUCAACUUAAAAUUUCGAGUCAAGUUUUAAAAAAGCUGUGCAGCAAGUUGCCCCACUCAAAAUUUCAAUUUUCAAGUUAUGUCAGCUAAACGUUUUUCAAUUUUCAAUUUAAAUUUUUUUGAGUAAUGGGAACUUUUUUUUCAAUCAUAUUUUUUAAGUAAUGUCAACUCAAUUUUUUAUUUGUAUUGUAGAUUUUCAAGUAAUGUCAACUCAGUUUUUUUAAAUUUCCAACUCAUAUUUUCAAGUAGUCAACUCGAUAAAAAAAAAAUCAAUAUAUAUUUAAGUAAUGCCAAUUCAAUUUCUUUCAAUUUUCAACUUAUAUUUUCCAGUAAUGUCAACUAAAUUUUUCAACUUAUAUUCUUUAGUCAACUAAUUUAUUUCAAAUUUUCAACUUAUAUUUUCAUGUAAUGUUAACUCAAUUUUAAAAAUAUUCAAUGUCAACUCUAUUUUUUAUUUGCAAUGUAGAUUUAAGUAAUGUCAACUUAUUUUUUUCAGUUUUCAACCUAUAUUUUCAAGUAACGUCAACUCAAUUAAAAAAAUCUGCCAAUGCAGUUUCUUUAAAUUUUUAACUUAUAUUUUGCAGUAAUAUCAACUAAAUUUUUCAACAUAUUUUGCAGUAAUAUCAAUUAAAUUUUUCAACUUAUAUUUCAAGUAAUGUCAACUCAUUUCCUUUCAAUUUUAAACUUAUAUUUUCAAUUAGUGUCAACAAAAUUUUUCAACUUAUAAUUUUAAAUAAUAUCAACUACAUUUUUUUUUACCAUUUUCAACUUGAUUUUUUAAAUUUUCUAUUUACAUUUUCAAGUAGUCACUCGAUUUGUUUCGUUUUUCAACUUAUAUUUUCCAAGUAAUGUCAACUAAAUGUUUUUCAAUUCUCAACUUAAAUUAAGUAAUGUCAACUCAAUUUUUUAAAAAUUUCAACAUACAAUUUCAAUCAAUGUCAACUCAUUUUUUUCAAUUUUCAAGUUUGUCAAAUCUUGUUUAUUUAAGGCAACUUGCUGCAGAACUUUUUGAGUUGAGUUGACUCAAAUCGAGUCAAGUGCAGUAUUUGGCUUAAAAGUUGAAUCAACUUUCUUAUUUCUUUACAGUGUAUGUGGAUGUGAUGAUGAUGAUGAUGAUGUGUGAUAUGUCAACUACCCAUUUACUGAUGCAUAAAGCUCACAGACUGAUCUCACCCUUCCAGUGGCCAUUUAUUCUCCACGGACUGCAGAAAUGGACACUACAGGUGCUGAUGUAUAAUAUGUUUACAAAACUUUGUAGCAAACGAACGCGUAAAAAAGCAGUGAUGCUACACGGUUUGAUCUCAUGGGAGAAGCAGCUGUAUUUUUUGCAUGCUCCAGACAAGCUCCAGACGAGCGCAACCAAACACAACAAAGAUGUCAUGCAUGUUCGCUUAAGCCUUAUCUGACGACGAGCUCUUAUUAAUCAACGACUGUAUCUAUUUUAUAUAAACAGCUAUUCACACGAUGUCUUAUUUUAUGCUUUUUGGAUGUGUGUGUGUGUGCGUUGUGAUGUAAAUGUAAACUUUUCACCUGUCACGUGUCCUGUAUGUUCCUAUAGUGUGCUGUCGUGUACAUUAAACCUGUUCAGUUCACUUGUUAAA